AUGGAUUCCUUAGGAAUUGAAGGUAUUAGGCGUGAACUUUCAGAGCUUAUUACAUUAAAGGAAAGUGUAAAUAGGAAAAUAAACAAAAUAAAUGAUAAGAGCAAAGAUACAAAGACUUACUCAGCAGAGUUAUCUCAAGUAGAAAGUAGAAUAUCACAUCUUGAAGAUUCUAUUAAUAAUGACACAUAUAUCGAGAAUUCUGAGUUGAGCUCUUUAAUGGAAGAAAUUAAGAAAUGCUUUGAGAUACUAAAUAAAAUAGAUGAGGUUCGUGCAGUUAAUUGCAGUGAUAUUAAUGAGGUAAAUAGUAGCUACACUGGAUAUAUCAGAGAUAAUGAUGUGGAUAAUCUUAUAAUAUCUAAUAAUAAUGACGAAACUAACCAAAUAGGUAAUCAGGAAUCAUUUGAUAAUUCCAAAUCUCAUGAUAUUAUAAAUAGUCUGGCUAACUUGUCAGUAGAUGAAAAACAUGAAAAAGUAAAUACUGCAAGUAAGAAACUUAAAGAUCGUGUAAGUAUAUUUCCAGAAUUAAGUACAAUCGCUCUAGAUAUAUCAUUUAAUCACCGAUUGCAACCUCAAGAUUCUAUUGGGAAACAUAUACACUAUACUCCACGAAUGAUAUGGCAUAAUCCCUGCUCAAAUUUUCCCUCAUUACCUCUUAAAAAUUUCAAUAGCCCAUCUUACUUUCAGCAAUUGAGCCUCGAUACUCUUUUUUUUAUCUUCUAUUUUCAACAAGGGACAUUUCAACAACUCCUAGCAACUCAAGAACUUAAGAAAAAGAAAUGGAAAUUUCACAAGAAGUGUUUUGCUUGGUUUUAUAAAAGAUCUGAAAGUAAGGUAAUUACUGAUGAAACUGAAGUCGCAGAUUUCGUUUAUUUUGAUUUCGAGAAAGAUUGGUGCCAGAAGAUAAAAAGUGAUUUUACUUUUGAGUUUGCACAUUUUGACCAGACUUCUCCUAUAUUGAGUAAAUCUAACAAUUAG